AUGAAUCCGAGAACAGGGAGAAGAGGAAGCUGGAAACUCAAAGGUGCUUUCAAUAUCCAGGAACUUCCGCCAGUUCUCGUAGUAGACAUUCUAUCAAGGCUUUCCAUCAAGACUCUCUACAGUUGCAGAUCCGUUUGCAAAGACUGGCUUCGUAUAAUUCAUGGCUCUGAAUUUGCUCAGCUACACCUUCGAAGAUCACCGAUCAGCAUCUUGGUCAAGACCUUCCCCAAAAUUCGGGCAAAUCGUAAACUUGAUUUGAUCCAGAUAGCUGGGUCUCGUAUGCGAGUCGAGAGAAUGAGGUUUUCUGACGACAAUAAUGUUCUACCAGUUUGGCCUGUUUAUAUGGUUGAAUUGAUAAAUUCAUGCAAUGGUUUACUUUGUAUACGUAAGGUAACCGACUAUGAUUCGUUGCAUGUGUGCAACCCAAUUUUAGGAGAGUACAUUCGCAUUGCUUUUCCUGAUAGGAGUACCUGCACGGAUUUUAUUGCACUUGGUUUUAGCACCCGGACCAAUGAAUACAAGAUCCUGCAUACACAUUACUGUUCCAACUACGGCACUUAUGAUUUGAUAUACACCAUUGGUACAGGAGUUUGGAGAAGAAUUGGAAAGCGUCCUAGUCGCUCUAGAGUUGGCCGAAUACCAUUCAAUUCCUUUCUGCAUGGAGCUCUUCAUUGGUUCCCUUGUCACAAUCCUCAUCAAGGUAUAGAAUGUUUCGACUUUGAAAGAGAAGAGUUUCGACAACUACUACUUCCCUUCGGAUUCAAGAGAUAUGAUGGUGCAUCUUAUUACAAGAGAUAUGAUGGUUUGAGGUUGGGAGUCUUGAAAGAUUGUCUCUUUCUAUGUGUGUUCGAAGGUGAUGAUGGGAAAUCUGAUGUGUGGCUUAUGAAGAAUUACGGUGUUCAAGAGUCUUGGACGAAAGUGCUUGUCAUAGAAGUGAGAGAACACCUGCAUCCAAAAACGAUAUACAGAGACAUGAGAUAUGCGUAUGAGCCGAUUCUGUUCUUGAGCGAUGUGGAAAUGCUAAUCAUGUCCUGUGAUAGGCUUGUAGUCCGCUAUAAUUUAGUAACAAAGUGUGUCGAGAGAACUCGCAUUGUUCAGACUGAGUCACAGUUUCAGGCAUGCGAUUACUAUCCUUGCUUUGUUUCACUCCAUGAUGUUGCAAAUGGAGAGGAGGUGAAAAGGAUUCGGGACAGUGAAAAAUUCGGAAGCCUGCUGUCUGAAGGGAGUAACGAUUGCACAGGUUCUACCGUGCCACCUGAUUACAAGACAUGUGAAGCUUAA